AUGAAUACCAAAUCCGAACCAGAAAGCCAACCAAGACGCCCGCUUGCCUCACCACAACUUCUGCAGUCGCGAGACCAUGGAGAUGGAGGUUCUCAACCAUCAAGAUAUGCAGCUUCGAUAGCGACGAAGCCUGCCCCUGUGGCAAAGUCAUGGGCGCAUUUCGUUGCUGGAGGCGUUGGGGGAAUGACAGCUGCAGCACUGACAGCACCUCUCGAUGUCUUAAAAACGCGUCUACAAUCCGAUUUUUAUCAAGCACAACUCGCCCAGACUAGGCUUGCAAAAGGCAUCUCGCCACAUGCACAUCUCUCUGCAUUUCGAAGUGGACUGUUACAUUUCCGAGAGACUUUCCAAAUACUAGGCUCAGUGCAUAGGAUCGAGGGAUGGAGGGCUUUGUUCAAAGGCUUGGGUCCGAAUCUCAUAGGUGUGGUACCGGCACGGUCUAUCAACUUUUUUGUGGUUGGAAAUGGGAAGCGCAUCAUUGCCGACUAUGGGAAUAAUGGAGAGGAGUCUGCUUGGGUUGUUCUGUGUGCUGCGGCUGCAGCUGGUAUUGUCACUUCGACGGUUACGAAUCCAAUCUGGUUGAUAAAGACCAGGUUACAACUGGACAAGAACGUGGUGGAGAGGGCGGGUGGUGCGGCCCAGAGGAGAUACAAGAACUCUUGGGAUUGUAUAAAACAGGUCGUGAGGCAGGAGGGUGUACGAGGACUGUAUAAGGGCAUGAGUGCGAGUUACCUGGGCGUUACGGAAAGUACAUUGCAAUGGGUUCUGUAUGAGCAGAUGAAGAAAUCGCUGGCGAGGCGAGAAGAGAGGAUCAAUCUGAGUGGAAGACCGAAGACUUGGUGGGAUAAUACUGUCGAGUGGACGGGUAACGUAGGGGCUGCUGGAGGUGCCAAACUCGUUGCAGCUCUUGCAACUUAUCCACACGAGGUCGCCCGUACCCGUCUUCGUCAAGCGCCUACCGAGAAUGGUCAACCCAAAUACACCGGUCUCGUUCAGUGCUUCAAGCUGGUAUGGAAAGAAGAAGGCAUGGUUGCCAUGUACGGAGGGCUCACGCCUCAUCUCUUACGAACAGUUCCAAGCGCCGCCAUCAUGUUUGGUAUGUACGAGGGGAUUUUGAAGUUAUUACAUGCACCGGAAUAG